AUGGGUUAUGAUUCGGACACCGUCAAAGUCAGGCGCCUGACGUGCCUCGGCUGCAAAACGCUGCUUUUCAACACCGUGCGCAUCCUGCCGUGUCGACACCUCUUCUGCAACAGCUGUGCCGUCCGGUUGGACGCCUGCGGAUUGUGCGGUGGGGAGAAGCAGUCCUUGGAGCAGGACGAUGAGACGAGAAUGCUGGACCGCAACGUGAGCUACUUUAUCGAAAAGUAUGCUCGACGGAGAAAGAAGGACGCUCAGGGCACCCCCGCGGAAGCACAGGAGGCUAGCGGCCAAUCAGAAGGGGGCACCAGUAGCAGCACCCAGGAUCUGUCCCUGGAGCAAGGAGGUCUUCUUUUGCAGCUGGCGAUGAGAGCUUAUAAUGGCGCACGAGGGGAUGUGUAUCGGAGCUCGCGAACAUGGUUGGAGCUGGUCCAGGAAAAAAAUGCAGAGAUUGUCCAUGAUCUGUCGGUUGCAUACAACAAGCUGGGCGACCUGCACUACCUAGCCAAGCGACCAGAUGAAGCGCGGGAAGAGUACUUGAGGGCGCGGACAAAGCUGAUUCCACAGCAUCGCAGGUCCUCGAUCUGGUCGUGUCUUACACGAAAGUUGCUGACCUGGACCGCGCUUCAAAGAAGGACAGAGCAGCAGGGGCGCACUUCCACGAGGCUGCAAAGGUGGCUGCACAGCUGGGGCAGAGACGGGAGGAGUACAGUGGGGCCCUCGAGCAGAAGCGACUGGCCUUGCUUGCCUUCAUUGGAGCACAAUUGCAAGGACUCAGGAAAGAAUGCCCAUUGGGACAAGACGAAGCGUACAUUCGUAGAGUUGGCCCGCACUAGAUACCUCGUUCGUUUUCCUUGUAACAAUGCUGCUGCGAAUGUUCAAUGCCCCUUCACGCCCGAUCUUAGGUGCCAAAACGUAUCAGGCCUAAAUUAGUACCCCAUCUCUGGGUCGGGUGAGAUGGGGUACUAAGAAGGCCUGGAUGCAUGCCCAAUUCAGCAAACGAACAAGCAAACGCUACUCUGAAGACAGGACUACACGUUUUGGCCGGUUUGGAAUUCGACUUGAAUUUCUGCAGAAGCAAUCUUGUACUCCU